AUGGGUCAUAGAAAGAAGCGAGCUCACCCACCCACUCUUCCACACACUCAACCCGAGUACCCAGGUGCUCCCAAUCAGCUUCCCCCAUACCUUCCGACCACCUUCACUAACUCUCCUCCCGGCCACGUCUACUACACCUACCAGGUACCUAGUGGCACUAUGGAGAACGGAAACAUGCCCAGCCAGAUCAAUGGUCCCAUGAUCAACCCAAUGGACGUCACUAUGAACGGCCAAGUGAACGGCCAGAUGGAGAACCGCAAUGCAAAUGGCGAGAUGAGUUCCCAGAACAUGAGCGGUUAUACUAAUAACCAUCACUUUUCUAGCCAUGCAGCGAAUCGAUCCAUCAGUAUGCCUAUCAACAACCAGCAUAUGAACGAUCGCAACAUGAGUGGGCCCAAGGACAACCGCACUGCAGGCAAUCACCCUAACAACAGCUAUAGCAAGGGUAGUCCCGUGAACCACCGAAAAUUGAGUGGUCCGAGAGAUAAUCCAGACAAGACCAAUACCCAGAACAACGGAAGUUACCGUGGCGGUAAAGGAGGCCGUGGACGUGGCUUCAACAGGCGAAACUCCACAAUGCCGCAUCAGAACAGUGGCCAGUUUCACAACAACAAUAGCUUCCAGAAUAACGGCUAUCAAAACAAUGCUUACUUUAACAACGGAAACAUCGGAAAUAGCCGUGGCAACUAUGAAAGGCGUCCAACUCGCGAUCGUAACGCUUCCAACCCGUACAGUGCGCCCUAUGGACACGGUAUGAGACAGACAUCGCAAAACUUCCCGAGCGGCGUGGUCUAUUACCCUGUUUAUCCCCAGGCCCAGUAUCAGUAUCAGGCUUUCCAGCAGACUCAGGCCCAGCUGCCACAACCUCAAGUCCCGCAGCAACCAUAUCGGGCCCCUUCUCAGUACCAGGUCCAGCAACAGCCAUGCCAAUCCCCUCCUCACAACCAGGUUCAGCAGCGCCAAUCUCCCCAGCACCACGCGUUCCAGCACCAGUUGCAAUUCCCGCAGCAGGUCCAGGUCCAAGUCCAGCCGCAGCACCAAGCACAGCAGCGUCAACAGACCCAAGUGCCGACGUACACCGUUGCAAACACCCACGUACCAACCAUGACCCGACCCAUGAGCGCACCCAUGAACUACACCGCUGCUUCCGGUCCUGUGCCUCAGACUUCCGGCGCGGUCGCAGUCCCAGUUCCCAUGGCCCAACCUCCAAUGCAGACCUUCGUGCCAUACAACGGCCCAGUACCCGCACCUCACGCCAUGAACCCAUCUCCGGAGCACCGCAGCGGGUCUCAACCCAACCCUCACGGCACCCAGCAAACAUCCACCAACCCCUUCAACUCGCCCCAGGGCAACCACAUCCCAAGCAAGCCCAGCCCAGAAGCCAUCAACCACUUCGUCAACCACGCGCUCGCGCACUUCGGCGCAGAACUCGAGGUCACGCACGCGAAGUACAAGAAACCCCUCCGCGACACCGUCGCUUCGUUCAACAAAUGCCAGGUCGAAGAGGCCAAGUGCCACGAGCGGUUCACGAGCGAGUACGACAGAGGGCUCGAGGCGUUCGAGAAGAGCAUCACCGUCGCGGACCGAGACGAGCGAGUGAAGUUGCAGCAGGAAGCGCUCGCGUUGUUCCAGCACUCGCACCAGCUGAGGCGGCAGGGCCAUGAGUGGUAUCAGCAGGUUGAGCGUCUGCGGACCGCGAUGGGCGAGGCGAGGGAUGGGGAUUAUAAGGAGUUGCUUGGGUUGACUACGGCUAUGAUGGAUCGGAUUCAGGAUGGUCUUGCGGGGGUGUUUCACUUGCCUCAGCAGUCUGCGGCCGUGAGGAAGUAUCGGGCUACGAGGAUUGCUGUUCACCAUCCUGCGGCCUUUGGAGUCAACACUGCGGAUGUGCUUCACCUUGAUAACGCUGGAAAACCCACUAUCCAGAAGACCGAUGGACCUGUUCCCAACCAAGCUCAAGCCAAACAAGCCAACACCAAGCAAGCUGAGAAGACUAAACCUCAACCUCCAGAGACCAUCGACAUCAAAACCGCCGAAACCCUCGACAUCGCCGACGCGAUCCCCGGCCCAGCCGUACACCUAACCUCAGAGUUCCUCACCGACAGCAGCGACACCGGCUCCGACGACCUCGUCAUCUGCGUCUCCAAACGCCGCUCAACCUCCAAAAACCCUCACACCCCAGACCCCCCGAGCUCCCACUCCCCCGACGCCGACUCCUACGACUUCUGCUCCAACUCCAACUCCAGCGACAAAGCCAAAAGCGAGUGUGCCGCCCCACUGCCCUCGUCGUACGAAUCCAACGGCAACGGCAAAGGCAAAGGCAAAGGCAAAGAAGGAAUCAAACAACCCCCAUACUUCACACCACCACCACCGCCAGCACCAUCCUCUCAGUUCCCCACCACUGCCACCACCACCCCAUCAACAGCAGACCAUCGUGGAACCGCCAGACUCUCCUUCGGCAAGCUACCCAGCCUCACCAUCAAAGUGCCCAGCAAAUCAUCCUCCAGCCCUCAGAGGGACGCUACGUCCGACCCUGUCGCAACCGCCCAGGCGGGCCUCGGCAUCCUGCUGCUCAACAACCCCCCGGCCCCUCCCCCUCCUACCGCACCCGCGCCUAAAUUGAACGUAAUGUCCUUCGACACGCUGAAGAAGAAGUUCAGGUCGAAAGCUGUGCGCGAGUCGCGCAGGGUGAGCGUUGAGCAACAGCAGGAGAUGCAAGAGAUGAAGGAGCAGGUCGUGUCGCCGGCUGAUAGUAGUGGUGGAGGGGUUGAGGAUGCGUUUGUUACGCCGUUGAGUACGCCGACGGGAUUGUUGGUCGGUGCUGCGACUACUGCCACGACUACCGCGACUGCUGAGACUACGGCGAAUGUGACUGCGACUGCUGCGACUGCUACGACUACCGCGGUGACUGGGACGGCGAAAGACAGCGGUGAUGCUGCUGGUGGUGGAAAUGGUGGUGCAGGAGAAGCAAAGAAGACAGGCACCGCAAAGAGGCAGAAAUGGGGCAAGAGGGCUAAUAAAGCUGAUAAGAAGGUCAAGAACGGUGGAGACAACAAGUAGAACGACACACACACCCACCUCAGACGAUGUCAAGGACAGUGAACGACAUGAGUAUGACAUCCGUUUCUCCCAUGGUAUGAUGGUACGAUGGUAUGAUGGAAUGAUACCCCUUUCCCUUUCCCUUUUCUUUUACCUUUUUCCUUU